UCGAUAACUCGGAAAUAUAAAGACGUAAACUCUGUUUACGGGGGUCACGUUUGUGUUUUGAUCACGUGUGUGUUGCCCCUGACAACACAAAACAAGGCCCCGCCCCUGCUGAGGCCUGAUGUACGUAAAGACAGCGAGGAUGCAGAAACGAGUUCCUGACAGGACAGGCUCCCCCACAGUCCUCGUGGGCUCUGAGUUAUGACCCCGUGACUAGUUAACAAACGUAAACUAACCACUCAAUCACGUGACGCCAGGUUCCGCACCGACGGAAGGUGGCGCUGAACUUGAAGCGUCACAUCUGUGUCCGUGUUUGUGAUCAGCCGUGUAUUUGUAAUUUACAUGUUUAAGCUGGGGGCGUCUGUGCCGUGUAACUAAUAAUUACCCGCCACAGCCAAGCCUCCUGCAGAGUGUUUUUAAACAUCUCUCUGCAGCUGUGCAGUAAAAUCCCUGCUCUGGGUGCACCGUGUCCACAUUAGGGGCUUUAAUCUAGCCGGCACUCGCGUGAAAAGAAGAACAAAUGGGGGAAGGGUGAUGGAGGGAGAGCGCGUACCCCCUCUCCGCCUGUAUCACACCACCCUCUCUCACAGCAUCAGCAGCGUCUGACGGCUGCAUCCUUCAGCUGCGCGUCCGUCCUGCUAUUCCUCCAGCUGACAUUUAGAGGAGUGGUUUGUGUCUGCAGCCGAGCAUCGCUGUUUCUUCCAGAACAAUCAAACACAAAGCAGCAGCAUGGAUAUGAUGGGCAACAAGCAGCGGCGGGUGCUGAACAUCAAAGCCGUGCUGAAGAGGAACUGGCUCCUGAUGUCUACGAUUGUAUCGGUGGUGCUCGGGAUCAGUCUGGGUGUUGUGGUCAGAGAGUACGCAUCCCUGUCGCAUCUCUACAAGCAGUACUUUGGCUUCCCAGGAGAGAUCCUGAUGCGAAUGCUGAAGCUGGUCAUUCUUCCCCUGAUCAUUUCAAGCAUGAUAACAGGUGUUGCAGCCUUAGACUCCGAGGUGUCAGGAAAGAUCGGUCUGCGAGCUGUCGUUUAUUACUUCUCAACAACUAUCAUUGCAGUUGUUCUUGGAAUUAUUCUAGUGAUGACCAUCAAACCGGGCGUGUCUCAGACAGCUGAGCACAUCGACAGAGCUGGGACUCCUCCUAAUGUCACCACAGUCGACACACUGUUGGACCUGCUCAGAAACAUGUUUCCUGAAAAUCUGGUGCAGGCUUGUUUUCAGCAGUACAAAACAAAACGCAAAGAACUGGAGCCUGAAAAGCUUCCAGUGAACAGCAGCACCGUGCCCCCUCUCACGACCACGAUCAUGACUGUGAUGGAGAACAUCACAAAGGACUACAAGAUCGUCGGCACGUACUCCGAUGGGAUCAAUGUGUUGGGGCUCAUCGUGUUCUGUGUUGCGUUCGGCCUCGUCAUUGGGAAGAUGGGAGAAAAGGGUCGGAUCCUGCUGGACUUUUUUGAUGCCUUAAAUGAAGCAACAAUGAAACUGGUCCAGAUAAUUAUGUGCUACAUGCCCGUAGGGAUCCUGUUUCUUAUUGCUGCAAAGAUCAUCGAGGUAGAAGACUGGGAGAUCUUCAGGAAGAUGGGUCUUUAUAUGGUGACGGUGCUGAGCGGUCUAGCUAUCCACGCCACCGUCUGUCUGCCCCUCAUCUUCUUCGUCAUUGUGAGGAAGAAUCCGUAUACGUUCACUCUAGGAAUGGCUCAGGCCCUGGUGACGGCGCUCAUGAUCUCCUCCAGCUCGGCAACCCUGCCUGUCACCUUUCGAUGUGCUGAGGAAAACAACUGCAUCGACAAGAGGAUCACCCGCUUUGUGCUCCCGGUUGGCGCCACCAUUAACAUGGACGGCACAGCGCUGUACGAGGCGGUGGCUGCUAUCUUCAUCGCCCAGCUGAAUGAUUACGCUCUGGAUGUAGGCCAGAUUGUUACCAUCAGUAUAACAGCCACAGUUGCCAGCAUUGGAGCAGCAGGAGUGCCUAACGCUGGGCUUGUCACCAUGGUGAUAGUUUUAACAGCUGUUGGCUUACCUGCAAGUGAUGUCACUCUGAUCGUUGCAGUCGAUUGGCUACUGGAUCGGUUCCGCACUAUGAUCAACGUCCUUGGCGAUGCGUACGGAGCUGGCAUUGUCCAGAAACUCUCCAAGAGGGAACUAGAACGGAUGGACCUGACAUCAGACAUGGAUGUCGCCAACCCUUUUGCCCUGGAAGCCGCUUUGGAUGACGAGGAGUGUGAGAAGAAGUCCUACGUGAACGGAGGCUUCACGGUUGACAAGACGGAUGCGAUCUCCUUCACGGAGACGUCCCAGUUUUAGCCUCCGGCUGGUUCAGUCGUGGGGAGAACGUGCACGGAGAGAAGCUAUCCAUCCGGACCCAUCCCAGGACCGACGUUAGCAAUAGCAGCCUUCAUUAAGCUAACCGAAGAGCACCCUUCAAGCUGGGCAUUUACAACUAUGACUAGAUUAAAGUGCUUCCUUCAUUAUCUCAGAUCACGCCAUGAUUCAAAAAGUCUUUUUUCUCAAUAGGAGUUUUUCUUUUCUCGCACAGAUGAACUCAAACGAAGAGCUUUUUGCAAGUGUGUGUGUGUGUGUGAGUGUGUGUGUGUGAGUGUGUGUGCGUGUGCGCAUCUUUUAAGGUGAGCCUGAUGACUUUUGCAAAAAACACAGUAUCACGUAAACACUGCUUCAUGAAUAAAGCUAACUGUACUCCCUGUAUGGACACUAAUCCUCAGAAAACUUUUCUUUGCAUGGCUCUGUUGAGUGUGUAUGUCCCAUGAUGCAGUGCUUGUAUAUCUAUCUGUAUCUUUAAACUGUGCCAAACUUGUUUUUCACCAAGCUGCAUGAAGCAAAAUGUUUAAGCUGGUCACAGACUGGUUUCCUGUGUGGGCCUUGCAGAGACAAAGUCAGUGGACACUGUGGAAUUUGAGAACAUUUUUCUAACAUUUCCUGUCACGUUGCAAAAUAAGAAUGAAUAAUCAUGUAUGUAUUCAGUCAGUGUGGGGGAACAUAUGGACCCCGAAAUAAAUAGCUACUACAACACGGACAUGUCA